AUGAAGGUCUUCGCCACUGUCAGCCUUGUCUCAGGCCUCUUCGCAACCGCCGCCUCGGCCAUCGACCUGCACCUAGAGUAUGCGGGCGGCUGUAGCACCAGCGGCGGUGGGUAUAUCUGCCGUGGCUGGAACCCCAACACUUGUUGCAGCGUCAACGCGGGUACCUAUUUCGCCAGCGGCUCGUUCAGGGCCAUCCCGGGCAACUGGAACAUCCAGGCCCGUGGCCACGCCGGGCCCAACUGCGGCUCCAUCCGCCAGCAGCAGGACAGCGCCGGCCGCGACUACAUUUGCCUGGGCAAUGGCCCCUUUGGCGGGCUGGGCUACGGUUUCAACAACAGAAAGUUGAUCCGCGGUGCGACACUGGACGCCCGCGAUGGCGAGGAGACCGAAGGUUGCGCCCAGCCGGACGUCCUGUACCUCGCCGACGGCACCCAGUACAACUACACCGCCAUUGCCGAGGCUGGUCAGGCCACCGAGGAGCUUGCCUCGCUUGUUGAGACCGGCGCAUCGGCCGACGAUAUCCCCAGCUUUGACGCAUUCAAGCUCGACGAAAAGCUCGUUCUGUGA